CUCCUCGUCAGCCAACCUGAAAGCUUUGGCUCCAAAGUCGCUGCUCUGCCCCUCACACGGCUGUUUGUUUUUGCCAAAUCCACUUUCCCUUCUCCUUCCACUCCUUCCCUUUAAUACUGUUCCCUUUCUCUCCAUUUAACGAGAAGAAAGAGAAGGUUAAAGAGGAGCGCGGAGAAAGGCUGAGAGACAGAGAGAGACAGAGAGAGAGUGAGUGCAAUGGUUCGGAGUAAUGAUUGGGGGAGGAGAGGAGAGGAAGAACCAUGUGAGCCCCGGUACCUGAUAGUCCGGUCCGACAAGGCCGGUCUGCUGGACCUGGUCCGGUUCGCGGUGUGUGGCCGGGAGGCCCACGGCUUCCUGGAGAGCCGCGAAGGGGAGGAGGGAUUGGGGCCAAUCCGGGAUGACCACAGGUGGGUCAUAGUGGUCUCCGUCGUAAUCCGCAGGCUCCUCGCCUUCUUUCGCAAGCCCAUGGAGUGGACUGGAAUGCUGGUGGAGUUCCUCUUAAACCUUUUGUCCCUUAAUGGGGGCUUCUCUGGUCUCUUCAUUAAUCUCUUCAAAGGGAAGCUUGUGGUGCCGCAUAGAGGUUCGGAUUCCUUCAUUAGUGCCAUUGGACACUUAGACAGGCGGAUGGAGCUCUAUAAGUUUGAUUCUUUUUUGCCAUUCAAUGAGCUCAACAGGGAGACUGGUGGGUCUUUCCAAAAUGGAAGUAGGGAUCUGAUGGACCUCUGCAUGAUGGCCUCAAAGCUAGCCUAUGAGAAUGCCAACGUUGUAAGGAACGUCAUUGUCCACCAUUGGAAGAUGCAUUUCGUGGAGUUCUACAACUGCUGGAAUGAUUACCAAAAAGAGAGAUCCACUCAAGUCUUCAUAUUAUGUGACAAACCCAAAGAUGCUGGUCUAGUCUUGAUCAGCUUUCGUGGCACUGAACCAUUUGAUGCAGAUAAUUGGAGCACAGACUUCGACUAUUCAUGGUAUGAGAUCCCAAAACUGGGGAAGGUUCACAUGGGAUUUCUUGAGGCUCUUGGAUUGGGUAGUAGAACUCAAGUCUCCACCUUCCAGCUCCAUCUCCAAGGCAGAGGCCACAGUGUUGAUAGCAAAUCUUCCAAUCAAUCAGCACACCCUUCAGGCACUUGUAUUUCCUCCUUUCUAGAGAAGAGUAAACUAAUGGACACAGAUGAGUUAAUCGCAUACUAUGCUGUCAAGAACAAGCUCAGUAGCUUACUUGAUGAGCACAAGAGGGCUAAAUUCAUUGUAACAGGACAUAGCCUUGGGGGUGCACUAGCUAUACUAUUUCCAGCUGUGUUACUGUUUCAUGGGGAAGAUGGGUUGAUGAAAAGGUUGUUGGGAGUAUACACUUUUGGACAACCAAGGGUAGGGGACAGGCAGUUGAAGAGGUUCAUGGAAGCUCACCUUUGUCAUCCAGAACAGAAGUAUUUCAGAAUGGUCUACUGCAAUGAUCUUGUUCCUAGGUUACCUUAUGAUGACAAGACUUUCUUGUACAAGCACUUUGGCAUGUGCAUGUACUACGACAGCUUCUACGUUGAGCAGAAUAUGGAUGAAGAGCCUAAUAGGAACUACUUCGGACUAAGAUACCUGCUUCCGGAGCACCUCAAUGCGGUUUGGGAGCUCAUUAGAAGUCUGAUUAUGGGAUCCAUCUACGGGCCAUAUUACAAGGAGACAUGGUGCUCAAUCUGGCUCAGGCUUCUUGGACUGAUGAUGCCUGGUGUGUCAGCUCACAGCCCGACAAAUUACAUCAAUAGCAUUAUACUGGGACAGCGAAUGGCACGAAUGAGUCCAAUCUGAAGUGUUCUUUUGCAAUGCUACAGAGAUACUCAGAUUAUCCUCAGCAUGGGAUGAUUGUUUAGUUCCAAAGACAAGUAUUAUCUAAAUAAUAACCUCCGUAUGAGGGUUUUUAGUGCAUUGCUGUGCUUCCCUGAAUGUGAUUGUAUCUUCUUGAGAUUUACUUUGCAACAUGAAAGCAUUUUUGCAAUUGUCUUUAAAGUAUGUACGUUCGAUGGAAUAUGCGGGUAGUAUGUAAACGGUUAUUUGUAUUUUCUACCUUCACUUGGGCUGCCACUAAUUGACAUUAGCAGAUUGUUUUUCUAC